AUGAAAGUGGUGAUAAUUACUGAUGAUGAAACGAUAUUAGAUCAAUUAGAUUUAAAUUCAACAAGGAAUAAUAACAAUGUCGAGACGUUAGUAGUUGAUUUAUCGUCGAAUGUUAAUGGUAAUAUAAUGGAAUUAGCACUUUUAUCAAAGUUAUCUGGACAAAAUGAAACCGAGGGGCAUAUCUACAAACAGUUACUCAAUUUACCAAAAAAAGAUGAUACUAGUUCGACAUAUGGUCAAAUACAGAACAUUAAUUAUUCAACAGUUUCGUCGGAUACAAGACCGGCGACAACGACGGCAAGAAAGAGAAAAGCUGAUUUAACCUGCGUUGUGUGUGGCGGAGGUGCUUUUGGAUAUAAUUUUGAAGCGAUUACUUGUGAAUCAUGUAAAGCAUUCUUUAGAAGAAAUGCUCUUCAACCACUGAAACAAAUAAAAUGUAUUGGUAGUAUGCCAAGAAAAUGUAAUAUCUCAAAUGAGAUAACUCAAAAAUGUAAACGUUGUCGAUUAGAACAAUGUUUUGCUGUUGGUAUGAGAAAAGAUUAUAUUCUGACAAAUGAAGAGAAAUUAUUUAAAAAGAAACGUAUUGAAGAUAAUAGAUGUCUAAGACAGAUACAAAGCAACGACAGUAACAAUCAUGAAGGGCAACAAGAAAUCAAUUUUCAGGUGAAAAGUAUCGAACUCCCGGGACAAUCUUCACAAGUGAUCGAUGACAUGAAUAUUAAUAUUCAGCCGUCGAAUUCAUCUAAUAAUUCAUUACUAAGUACUCAAGAAUGGUCUCUAUUAUGUCAACUUCAAGCAUCACAUGUAAUCGCAUCUCAGUUUACAGUAAUACAGUACCAACCUGCUCAAUUAACCGAUAAAAUGUCAGCAUUGAUUCAAACAACUGAUAUUCAAAAAUUUGUUGCACUGAAACUCAUUAACUAUUUAAAAUCUAUAGAGGAAUUUGAGCAACUUGAUGAAAACGACCGUUUAACGUUGGUUAAAUAUAAUUUACCGUGUCUAUUUAUGUUACAUGCAACGCUAACAUUUGACAUUGUUCAAGAAUUAUUUAUAGAACCAGAUAUUGAUGAACAAUAUGCACAAGAUUGUAAAGAUUUAUUUAUCUAUUAUUAUGGUCUUGAAUUUCAUCAACGUGUCGUUAAAAUAAUAGGUUUAAUAAUCGAUUUAACUGCACGUGAUCCGAUCAUUGUUGAACUACUGUUGGUAAUUAUGAUAUUUACUAAAGGUUUAUCUGUUUAUAAUACUUAUUCAGUUGAACCUAUCUUAACAAAUUCAUUUCAAGUCUACCAGGCUCAAUGUACCUAUACAAGCCUCUUAUGGCGUUAUAUGUUGCAAAAAUAUGAUUUAUCACUAACAAUACACAAAUUUUCCUUAUUAAUUACUCAAAUAAUGAAAAUCCAAGAGUUUAUAAGAGACUUUCAACAAUUUAUUGUUAAUCAGGUUGACGUAGAUAAAAUCAAUCCACUAAUGAAAUCAUUAUGGCAAAUUACCUGA